AUGGGGCCUCUCGUGGCGUGUCCCCCAAGCUCAGUCAGCACCAGCUCCAGCUCUUUGACCUUCUCCUUCCCAUCUUUCCAGCAGGUUGUCCUUACCCCCACUCUGAUGCCAGUCCCGCCCUGCCAUGAGUCUAUGAGCCCCCUCCGGAUCAGCGUGGGUGGUCUGCCCGUCCUCGCGUCCAUGACCAAGGGUGCUGACCCCCGCUUCCGACUGCGCUGGAGGGCCAUCGUGCUGUCCUCAGCCUGCGUGGGGUUUGUGCUGCUGCUCUUCUGCCUGCACCGCUCCUCCCCGGCACGGCACGGUCCCCCGAGCCCCCGCACCUGGCAGCUGGGCCUGCGGGCAGGGCACCGUUACAAUGACACCUACCCGCUGUCCCCUCCCCAGAAAAACCCCGAGGGCGUGCGCUACCGCAUCGGCGUCAUCGCGGACCUGGACACGCAGUCCCGGGGCUCCCAGGAGCACACCUGGUUCAGUUACCUAAAGAAGGGCUACCUGGUGCUGUCAGACAGUGGGGACAGAGUGACAGUGGAGUGGGACAAGGAUGAGAGCAUGCUGCUUUCCCACCUGGCUGAGAAGGGCCGGGGCAUGGAGCUGUCGGAGCUGGUGGUGUUYAAUGGGAAGCUGUACGCCGUGGAUGACCGGACAGGCGUGGUCUACCAGAUCGAGGGCAACAAGGUGGUGCCCUGGGUGAUCCUCCCGGACGGGGAUGGCACUGUGGGGAAAGGCUUCAAGGCRGAGUGGCUGGCGGUGAAGGAUGAGCACCUGUAUGUGGGAGGACUGGGCAAGGAGUGGACCACCACAACAGGGGAAGUGGUGAACGAGAACCCCCAGUGGGUGAAGGUCAUUGGCUACAAGGGUGACGUGAGCCACGAGAACUGGGUGACAAACUACAACGCACUGAGGGCUGCAGCAGGGAUCCGGCCUCCAGGGUACCUGAUCCACGAGUCRGCCUCCUGGAGCGACACGCUGCAGCGCUGGUUCUUCCUGCCGCGCCGCGCCAGCCACGAGCGCUACAGCGAGAAGGCAGACGAGCAGCGAGGCACCAACCUGCUGCUGAGCUCCACCCAGGACUUCAGCGAUGUGACAGUCGGGCGUGUGGGAGAGGUGGUUCCCACCCACGGCUUCUCCUCCUUCAAGUUCAUCCCGGACACGGACGACCAGAUCAUCGUGGCGCUGAAAUCGGAAGAGGACAAUGGCAAAAUCUCCAGCUACAUCAUGGCCUUCACGCUGGACGGGCGCUUCCUCCUGCCUGAGACCAGGAUUGGCAGUGUGAAGUACGAGGGCAUUGAGUUUAUUUAAGACUUUUGGACCAAGUGGAGGGGUGCAGGCAGCCUGGGGAUGUGGGCAGGCUCUGCCAGCCUGCUCCUAGCCCAGGCUCUGGGAGGGAUGCCAGGCAGUGCUGCUGCCUCUGUCCUUGGCUCUGGGCUCUCCCCUUAAAGUGUUGACUGAGCUGCAGCAGGUGUGGUGCAAGUGUUUCGGCAGUGGCACCUGGUGGCAAGGGACUGCCACCACAGGGUGCUGCCAGCCCCGGGGACAGUGUCUGUGUCCUGGAGUGCUGCCGCCCAGGCUGGCCCCACUGCAGCCCUUGCACCCAGCCCCGAAUUGCGACACAACCAUCUGCAGUGGGUCGGUGCCUCUGAUCAUGUCCACGUUCUGGGUUUGCAUCUGAGCCCCAGCUCUGCAGCUCUGCCUUGUGUGCCACAGGGCUUCCCAGGUGGAGUGGGUCAACCUAAGGGAUUUCAUCAGGCUUUUUCUCCAGAAGCUGGUUUUCCUUUUCCCAUAAGCUGGUUUUCCUUUUCCCAUAAGCUGGUUUUCCUUUUCCCAUAAGCUGGCUGAGGCAAUGGCUGGGUGACGGGUGGCCUGUUUCUGGAAAAAGCCCAUGGGAGGGGACAGUGUCUGUGUCACUGUGCUCGUGUGACUGCAGUAAUGCAGCAGUUCCUCAGCACUGUGGCUCCAUCACGGUGGCUGUGCCUGUGGGACAGGAGGAGCGAGUGCAGGUGACAGAGCCACCAGCUGUGGCCAGAUGUAGUGUGGGCCCAUCCCAGUGCCAUUUCCAGCCCAUCCCCUCAGAGAUGUGUGUGUGUGCUGGCCAUGUGUCUCUCCAAGCCCUGGCUGCGCACAGCUCCAGGCUCAGAAGUGCCUCCAGCCCCAGAACUAUCAGCUGUGGGAAGAGCUGAGCCCUGGACAGGAGCCGCUGGCGGCUGGCAGCAGYGUGGCUGUGCUGUCCAAGGGCUGCUGUGCUCAGGAGCAGAGCCAGGAGCACCAGCUCUGCUUCUCAGAGCCAGCAGCAGCUCWGAAGUGUUUGCAGCAGCCCGACGCUUUGGCUGGGGAGCCCUCCCCACGCUCGCCAGCACGUUGUGAAAUCGCAGCCGCAGCCUGUGGUCCCCAGGAGGAACUUGUGCAGUUUCAGGAGCCAGAAGUGUCAAAGAGGCAUCUGGUGGCCCUGGGGCCCUCCUGACCCCUCUGACCGAGGGGGCUGCAGCUCCUGGCCUGCCCACACUCCCUGUCUGAGCCCUGCCCUGCCCCAGGUCACAGGCAGCGUAUCCUCACACCAGGACUGGAAUUGGCUCUGUGGUGUCCCUGCUUUGGUCCCUGCCAACACUCUGUCCCCAGGGUAGGUCUGUCAGCAAGUGGGGCUCAGAGAGCUGGGCCUUGCCGUGUGCUUUGGGGGCCCUGGUGCCCUGGCACCGCUCUGCUGCGGGGUCCAGCUGUGCUCAGGGAGGGAGAGGGCCUGUUGGUGCAGCAGUCAGGCUUGCUGGGUGGAAGGAUCCUCAAAAUGGAUGGAGCCCUCCCAAACCCAGCCAGGCUGCUCCCCCCGUGCCUGUUUACAGUGUCAGCACCUCCGUGAGCCGUGUGGAGCACAGACAAGGCUGGACAUGUGUUUUCAUUUAGGCCAGACUGACUCGGCCAGUGCUGGGCUGCAAGCAGAUGCRCUCGUCUCUGGACACAGACCUGUCCCCAGUGCCCUGGGCAGACCUGGCUUUAGCUCCUGAACGUGGCCUUGGCAUCGUGCAGCACCAGCCCAGUGCACCCAGGACACGUUUGAAGCCCACCCUGGGCACCAGCUGGCCACAGUCCACGCUGGCCACUCAGCCAUCACUUGUGCUUUGCUUGGCAGUCUCUGCUCCUCUCUCGCCCUCCUAGCCSAGCACUGGCAGCUCCACAGCACCUGUUACAGCCCCGGGGCUGUGCCAGUGGCUGUCCCUGCUGCCUGGCCCUUUCUCGUCCCCUGAAGCAUCCCUGGGGCCCAGCCCUGAGCCCUGCCGUGCCCUCAGAGCAGCAGCACCAAUGCCUCGGGCAGCUGGACCAGCGAGAAUCGUGCUGCUGUCAGAGCCUCUGCAGACGUGAGCUGCACACUGCACCCUGUGCCCCAUCCAGGUGUUAUCCACAUCCCAGUGCUGUCAGUGCUGUCACAUCCCUCGUGUUCCUUUCAGGCUCAGGCAGGCUUUGGUCCAGGUGCAUCUGCCCAGUCCCGCUGUUUSUCCUCAUCCCAGAGGCUGAGCAGCUCCAGUACCUCCCUCUCCUGCAAGGAUCUGUGGCAGUGCUGUGGCAGGAGGCUGCCUCAGGAGCAGCUUUYGUGGCCAUGCUGGUGGCUGUGCCUGCCAACACAUCCCUGUGACACCUGGCCUGGCCGUGCUUGGAAAGUGUCCCUGCCCAGAGGCAGAACUGAGCUCCCUGCCCACCUUACUGGGACAAAGGCACUGGUCAGGAGAUGGAGAGCUCCCAGUAGCCAGCCAGGCACAGAGUACAGGGACAGUGACAGCAGCAGCAUCCCGACACCUCCACGGGGCCACACUGUGGGUUUUGACUGGGAUAGAGUCUGUGUUUUCCAUAUUACAUGGUGUAGGGCAGUGUUUYGGAUUUGUGCUGGAAAAGGCGUUAAUAACAGGGAUGUUUUCACUACUGCUGAACA